AAAAUAAAUGUUAAGCCCAACAGUCACAGAGAAUGAGUAGUAAAGGAAGAUAGGUGAAAAGUUGAUUACAAUUAUCCGAACUAUAUUAAUCACAGAGAGAGAAGUCUACAAUUUGAUUAAUAUUAGGUUGAGGAAUUGAAAAUAACAUUAGCCGAAAACAUUAGAUUUGACAUCAGUGAUGCAUUUAGAGCAAUCGAUUCUAACAUGAAAGGAUACAUAACUUCAUAAGACAUCUUUCGAUUUAUGUGUAAGAAUGGAUGUAGUGUGCACUAAAAGUUUUGUGAUUUCUGGAUCUUCACAUGGAGUAAAGGAGAUGACAAAUUAAGAUACCAACUAUUUCUUGAAUUUAUCGUUCCUCGAUAUGAUAGAGAUGCAGCUAUGCAAUGUAUAGUCAGAAAGUUGUAUUCAGAAACAGGGAAAUGUAUCAAUGCAUAAUUAAUAAUCUUAUAGACAAACUGUCAUUCUAUUUAGAAGAGUUUGUGGCUAAGUUGAUAUAUAAGGAGAUCGAUUAUUUAAGAACUAUUGAAAUAGAGAAGAUGAAUUUAGCCUAAUUAGUUGAAUGGAAGUUUACAACAGUGUUUAAGUAUAUUGCGGGUAAUUUGCCUGUUAUCGAUAAAAGAUGUUUGGAUUAAUUGUUGAACAAAUACGAAAUUUAAUCAUUGACAUAAUAGGAAUACAACAUGUUUCUAAAGAGAUUCAAUAGGAAUGAAGAGACGAUUUUGUAAAAGGACGAAUUCAGCGAUGCCAUCUUUCCAAGCAAAGAAUUAAUUAAGGAAAUGUAACCUCCAAGAGAUGGAUUUCAAGAAUAUGUUCUCAAUCACGAUUAACAAUUGGAUUAACUGUUGGGUAAGGAUUAAGUCAAUGAUGGAGAUGAUUUCAUUUUCAAACCAGAAGAACAUAAAAUCAAAUUAAAUUCUACUUAAAAAGGACACAAUAUUUAAUAGGAGUUUAUUCCUUAAAACUAAUACCCAAUUUAAUCUACCUUAAAUAAAGAGAUUAAUGGACCUCCCACCAAUUAAUAGCCUACCUAAAAUAAGACUAUACUUAUGAGUCUUAAACCACCCUAAACUUAGUCCUAAUUUCAAUAACACACUAUUGAUCAAAGCAUUUAAGCUUCAACUCCAAUCCAAAUGAAAUCUAAAAAUUACAAAAGCCCAAAUGAACAACCUUCUCAAUAUCAACAAUAAGAUUUACUCUAAUAAUUUGAGAGGAAGUAGAAUGCCUCUCAAAUGGCUUUCAGUCAAGAUAAUUUAUCUAACUAUUAUAAUCAAAACCUCAAUUUGGAGUAAUCCCAAUAAGUUCAAUAUAACUAAUAUGUUAACUAACCGACAAAUGCUUAGUAUAUUUUAUCAAGAUAAUGACGG